AUGGCAAAAAAUAAACGUAAAGUAUUUGGACAGCGCCAUGUGUGUUCGCGCAUGAACUUCCUAUACCAGGCGGCGAAUUUGAUGGCCCAGAACAACAACAACACACUGGCCGCCUAUUAUGGGAAAUUGUGCCGCAAUGUGGGCACCAAAGCGGUGAUGCAUAUAGCUCCGGCAGUGAAGCGCACACUCUGCAAACGUUGUUCCCUGCCGCUGCUGCCGGGCGUUAACACAGCGCUGGUUGUGGAGCAGGAGCACGAAGUGCCAUCGACUGCCAAAGCUGGAGGGAAGCGACGCAAUCGUCGUCGUCGUCGUCGUCGGCGUGGCAAGCCAGCCAAGGGCCAGGCCAAUGCAGAGGCGUCUGGCAGCAGGAGUGGCUCUGAGCAGAAGUCGACGACCAUAGACGACAACGCCACGUUGCAGCUGCAGUGCGGCCUUUGCCAAAAGCAGCGUCGCUUCUGUGUCGAUGCGGAAAAAGAAUGCUGGCUGGAGCGUCCGGAGGCAUUGGCUCAAGUGAUAACAAUGAACGCUAGACAAGGGGUAGCUGCUCUGCACAGGGAUAGUUACAGUUGCGAUAAGCCAACAGCCGAUCAUUGACUUAUCGCCGAUUCGUAGUUGUAAAGCACACAAAU